AAUAACAUGUGCGGGUGUAUCAGAUCUUUCGAUUACAUAAACCCAUGUAAAAAGCUUUGAGCUUUAAGCGAAAUAGAAGAAGUAGAAGAGGGAAGCUUUCAUCAAUGGCUUCCACUUCUUGUACUCUGGUUGUAUUCAUCUUCUUCAGCUGUUUUCUGUGCUUUUACAUUUCGCCAUUUGCAGAAGCAGCUAGCAAUGUGAGUUACGAUAGUCGGUCGCUUUUCGUCGAUGGUGAAAGAAAGCUUCUUAUCUCAGCUGCUAUUCACUACCCUCGUAGUGUUCCUGCUAUGUGGCCUGGAUUGGUGAAAACAGCAAAAGAAGGAGGCAUAGAUGUGAUUGAGACGUAUGUAUUUUGGAAUGGACAUGAACCUUCACCAGGCAAUUACUAUUUUGGUGGAAGGUAUGAUUUACCAAAAUUUGUGAAGAUAGUUCAAGAUGCUGGCAUGCUUUUGAUUCUCAGAAUUGGGCCAUUUGUUGCUGCAGAAUGGAACUUUGGUGGUAUACCUGUUUGGUUGCAUUAUGUGCCAGGGACAGUUUUCAGAACAGACAAUGAACCUUUUAAGCAUUACAUGCAGAACUUCACAACACUGAUUGUGAAUAUGAUGAAAAAAGAAAAGUUUUUUGCUUCACAAGGAGGUCCCAUCAUCUUAGCUCAGGUGGAAAAUGAGUAUGGAUACUAUGAAGCUGCAUAUGGUGAAGGAGGCAAAUCAUAUACUCAAUGGGCAGCUAAAAUGGCUCUUUCACAAAAUACAGGUGUACCUUGGAUAAUGUGUCAACAAUGGGAUGCUCCAGAUCCUGUGAUUAAUACAUGCAAUUCAUUUUAUUGUGAUGAUUUCAAACCAAGCUACUCAACAAUGCCCAAAAUCUGGACUGAGAAUUGGCCUGGAUGGUUUAAGACAUUUGGAGGAAGAGAUCCUCAUAGGCCAGCUGAAGAUGUUGCUUAUUCUGUUGCUCGAUUUUUUCAAAAAGGAGGAAGUGUCCAUAAUUAUUAUAUGUAUCAUGGUGGGACGAAUUUUGGACGUACUUCUGGUGGGCCAUUUAUCACCACAAGUUAUGAUUAUGAUGCACCAAUUGAUGAAUAUGGGUUACCAAGGUAUCCAAAAUAUGGGCAUCUUAAGGAGCUUCAUAGAGCUAUAAAGUUGUGUGAACAAGCAUUAUUGAACAAUAAACCGACUUUGGUUCAUCUUGGUUCUCAACAAGAGGCUGAUGUCUAUGAAGAUGAAUCAGGGACUUGUUCUGCCUUUAUUGCAAACUUAGAUGACAAAAAUGAAAAAACAAUACAAUUUCGGAAUGCUUCAUAUACACUUCCAGCAUGGUCAGUCAGCAUUCUUCCAGAUUGUAAAAAUGUAGUCUACAACACUGCAAAGGUUGGAUCUCAAACUUCCACCAUUGAAAUGAUCCCAGAGCAAUUGCAACCUUCAUCAGCUUCACCACAUAAAGAUUUGAAACCACUUAGUUGGGAAAUAUAUGUGGAAAAACCAGGGAUUUGGGGAGAAGCCGAUUUUACUAAAAAUGGUUUUGUGGAUCAUAUCAAUACAACAAAAGAUACAACCGAUUACCUUUGGUAUACAACUAGAUUAAAUGUUGAUGAGAAUGAAGAAUUUCUAAAGAAGGGAAACAAACCAACGUUGUUGAUCGAGUCAAAGGGGCAUGCUCUUCAUGCCUUUGUCAAUGGCAUACUUCAAGCUAGUGGAUCGGGAAAUGGUACGGUUUCGCCCUUUAAGUUUAAGAGUUCGGUUUCAUUGAAGGCCGGGAAUAAUGAAAUUGCUAUUUUAAGCAUGACUGUAGGCCUUCAAAAUGCAGGGUCAUUUUAUGAAUGGGUUGGAGCGGGUUUAACGAGUGUGAAAAUUAAAGGUUUGAAGAGUGGAAUCGUUGACUUGUCUAACACCACAUGGACCUACAAGGUUGGGGUAGAAGGAGAGCAUCUUGGUCUAUACGAUGUUGAUGGUUCAAAACACACAAAUUGGACCUCAGUUUCAACACCACCAAAAAAACAACCAUUGACAUGGUAUAAGGCUAUUGUGGACCCCCCACGAGGAAACGAGCCCAUUGGGCUUGAUAUGGUUCACAUGGGAAAGGGGUUGGCAUGGCUAAAUGGGGAGCAAAUUGGAAGAUAUUGGCCUCGUAAAGCUCCAACCGAUAAAUGUGUUAAAACUUGUGACUAUAGAGGCAAGUUUAACCCUGAUAAAUGCAAUAUGGGGUGUGGACAACCGAGCCAAAGAUGGUAUCAUGUUCCAAGAUCUUGGUUCAAGCCAUCGGGCAAUGUUUUGGUGAUAUUUGAGGAGAAAGGUGGAGACCCUACUCAAAUUAGGUUUUCAAGACGAAAAUUAACAAGUCUUUGUGCUCAUGUAUCCGAAGAUCACCCUUCUUUUUCCACCAACAACUUGCAAAAAAACAUUGCAAGUUUGGAAAUAAAAUGCCCAAUGAACAUGCACAUUUCGGCUUUCAAGUUUGCUAGCUAUGGAACUCCUACGGGGACUUGUGAUUCCUAUUCCGUUGGCGAUUGCCAUGAUCCCGAUUCCACUUUCAUUGUUGAAAAGCGAUGCUUAAACAAGACCGCAUGCAUCAUAGAAUUAACCAAAGAGAAUUUCAAGACCGAACUUUGCCCCGGAACAACGAAGAAACUUGCAGUACAAGCAACAUGCAGUUGAAUCCAACCAUUUUUACAUACGUUCGAUUAAAUGUUUUAUAUCACUAUGAGUUGUUUUCUACAUAGGAUUUGAAUUUAAACAUGUUUUGUUUUUCUUUUUUCAAAAUCUUGGGAGGCCU